AUGCCUGCGAAGAGCACAGGAAAAUGCAUCUUGGUCAAAGUAUAUUUGGUAACAGGUGCAGAGACGCGCGACAGAAACUCGGGACUAGAUGGGACUGUCGGUGUGCGGCAGGCGAGUCCUGUGGAGCCCGCGGCGGGGAGCUCAGGCUCUGCAGGCAGUGGGGGGCAGGGCGGCUCCCCGACUCUGCGGCCUCCUGGGAGCUGUUCUCAGACCACCUGCUCCAUCGCUGCCGCGUGGCCCGGUGCGCUCCGGCCCAGCCUCCGCCCGCUGCCCAACUCCAGGCUCAGGACCGUCCACUCCAGCUCCGGAUCUCAGUUCACGUUGCGGACGGAAUCCCCCUGGGCUGCUGCUGGCCCACGACUCGUCCCCGAGGCGGGCUGCAAACUGCAGGUGGGCUUCCGGGGCCACGGCUGCCGCAGGUGCAGGCUUGGGGGGGGGGGGGGGGCUCGGCUCUCCUGCCUCUGUCCUCACCGCGGGGUCACAGAGCAAGCCGGUCCACGGCUGCCGGCGGAGAUGGAGGGAAAGGAAGGCGGGAACCUGGAAGGCGAGGUGCAGCAGGUCUGUGGCCUGCGCUCCCCUCCCGGGGACGGGGCCAGAGGCCUUUGCUUGCAACCUAAGAAAGUGCCGAGCACGGCUGCUGGGACGGAGGGGCAUCCUCUGCGCCCGCCCCCCCCACCCCCCCGACUCCCCCCGCGUGCUCUGCGCCACCCGAGGUGCUGGUGCUCCAGGAGCAAACCAAGCGGUGGGCUGGCCUCACACAAGGCACAGGGGUGGCAGGACACAGGGGCACGUGGCAGUUUGGGGUCCUUCUGUCCCCAAAGCAGUGCUCUUUGGAGGCUCCCUGGUGCCCCGGGGGGCAAAUCGCGGCCUGGAUGUGAGCGGUCAUCCGAGUGAGGAUCCGACCCCACGGGGGUUUGGAAAACCUCUGUUGAGCUCUUCUGUUCUCAGGGUCAAAAUUAAGUGCAGGCAGGUCACUGCUGGGCUCCUCCGCCCCUGCGGGGAGGAUGGCAUGUCCUUGACCGCGGGUCAUCGCCGGACUCCGGGAGGGCGUCUGGGUCUCAGGCCGCGGGAGGGGAGCGGCCACGGGCUGCAGCCAUCGGGGCGCCUGCGGGGCCGGGCGACCGGCCGAGGGCGUGCGCCGCCUUCUCUUCCAGAAGGCUGCGGUGCCACGGAAAUACGUGCGAUGUACGGAUUGAGCACGUGUGGCAAAACUGCCCCCGAAUGGUCCGGCGGACAGGACUGUGCAAUGUGACCUUGAGACUCCUGAGGGCAGUUGGGAGCCGGCCGCGCGGGAGGGGAAGGAUCCACAGCUGUGCGCCCCCGAACGCGGCGGACUUGGUAGCAGAUUUGAUCCAACCCCGUGUCUCUCCACGGCCAUUUCAACAUGCAACCAGUGUAAGCAGAAUCUUUGAGAGGUGUUUUUUUUUUUUUUUUUUUAAUUUUGAAAUCUAAUGUGUGUUGACUUUGUCCGCAUCGCGGUUUGGAGGAGGCGCGCCUUGAGUGCCCU